UUCCAUAAAGCACAGAUCUAGGAUCAGUGUACCCUGUCCAUAUCCACCUUGAUGAGCAAGAGGUAAAAUAGCUCAACUGACUUGCAAUCAGUACAACUUUACGCAAAAGCAAAUAAUGUUCCAGGCAAGAUAAAUUGCUCUGAUGUUGCUUUCCACUCCAGGCAUACGAGUAGAUCACGGAAGAUUCAAUCGAGCAAAAAUGGCGGAUGACAAGGAUCCCUUCAAACAGAUGAAGGAUCUCAACCAGCUCAAGAAUCAGCUGGAAGACAUCCAGAAACGUGUGGAGAGUGAAUUUGCAGAAGGAAUCCCGCAGGGGGGCUCUGUGCUGGCAUCUCCCUUCCUGAAGGGCUUCCUGGCUGGCUAUAUGGUGGCCAAGCUCCGCUCCUCAGCUCUCAUAGGAGUGCUACUGGGAACAUUCACAGGCAUCUACGCUGCACAGAACUAUCAGGUUCCCAACAUCGAAAGCACCCUGAAAGACUAUAUGAGUUUGUUUGGAAAAGGACCCAAGUAAUGGGAAGAACCAGGCCUAGGCUUCAUCUUCUAACUGCCUGAGCAGGUGGUGGAUGAAGGGGAGUCUUCCUGGCCACUCUGCUCCUGACUGGGUACCUGUCUGCCCUGCACAUCUCCCUGUCCCUAGGCUGUGGACCAGGUGAGUCACAGCCUGAGGCCUUGUGCUGGUCUACUAUUUCAUCUCAGGUCUAGUAGCUGUCUACACAGAGCGGUUGCUGAAGAGCCAGCGACUACCCCUGUACCUGCAUGUGUUUGGAGUGGCCAUCAACUGGGUUUCCCACCUCUCCAGCAUGGGGGGGAGAACAGGGUUUCCUGGAGGAUUACUCAGGGGUGGUGUGGGCCAUUGUGGCAGGGCAGGCAGCUAACGGGUUGCUGAUGUCAGUACUGCUGAACGAUGGUAGUGGCAUCCCCAGGCUAUUUGUCAUCUUCUGGUCUAUGCUCGUCAACACCCUCCUAUCCUGGGUUCUACUGGGCCUACAGUUCACCCCCUUCUUUCUGUUACCCACGUCUAUGAUCAGCCUGGAAGCCUAUCUGUACUACAGGUAGCAGGACUCUGCCUGAACAUACCUGUGUUAUGGACAGUGGACCUCUGCUGAACUCUCAUUCCACUGCUCCACCACAAUCUCUGGCAGCAUUAUUUACCAGAUGAUUGAUUGACAUUCAGGUUGGAAUGUUUUUUUUACGAUGCAUUUAUUUAUAUAUAUAUAAUUUAACUUUAGUGACUCAGUAUUUUUCAUUUAAUGUCCCAAAUAGUUUGUUUGUUAUUUGAAGAUUAAAAUUAUGCAAUAGAAGCUGUACUUUAGGUGAGUCUUGCAGACCUUUCCAUCACAUUGUCACUGGUUUAUUUGCUACCCAUAAUGCACACUGCCUAUUUUUCAACUAGCCUUUGUUUUCCAGUUUAAUCUAAUUCUGCCGUAUUCAUACUUGUCUUUUCUUCAAUAUAUCAUUGGUGGACUCGUAUAAAUAGUUGGGUUUGAAUAAUACGUCUACAUUACACAACACUUGAGUGGUGCUAUGAUUGUCAGUAUGGGUAUUUACCUAGCAUUUAUCAUUUCCUCCGCCAAGUAAAAUGUCAAAGAUACAAUAUGGUGCAGAAAGUGUUUAUGAAAUAUUUUAUUUCUUUAGUGUUUUCUAUUCAAAAUAAAAUGCCAUAAAUUCACAAAUA